AUGGGCCCGGCAGACAGCGAUAUCUCUGAGCAAAAGCAGAAGGAAAUUGAAGCCGACUUUGAGAAGGCCGUGGGAAAGCUGGAUAGGACGAUGACUGUUCUCGAAACUAGCUUUAUCAAGAGCCUGCAAAUGGUGUACCAGCAGAACAUCGUCAGCAAACUCGCUGGGAAAAGUACGUUGCCAUCGCGCCUGCCAUUUAGGAUAACCGCUCUUUCCAAUUUGCGGAAGACUCUUCCCGAUUACAUGCUAGCACAUCAUGCCAUUAUAGUGUUCGAAGCGGGAUACGUUGCUGUUAUAGCUCGAAAGCUUCUGGGUGGAAGCAACGAGGAAAUUCUUGAUCAAACACAGUCGCAAAUUAAACAGGCGUUAGAUACAGACAACAUCUGGGUGGAAAGUUUCAGGACCGGGACAGUUUCGUUGAACAUGACUGGGUUUGACUAUGCAUCUGCGCUGGACAGGUAUAAUAGACUGGAAGAUCGGCUUGCACGAAUUGAAGAGAAAAUCGAAGACCUGCGAGCGACGAAUACCCAAUACGCGAAGUCAUUUGAGCGACUGAACGACCGGCUUACAGAGAUGUCUGACUGCCCGGACAUCCGGGAACGGUUCAUAGCCGUUCACAAACGAAACCGAGGCACAGCAACGCCAGACGAUUUGCUGAAAAUUUCGGUUGGAAACAAGGCUGCCCAUGGUGGAAACAUCGAAGCUGACGCCCAACUCUACGGUGCGGGCAAAAGGAAAGAUUAUGAGGCUUUUGAAGAACUCUAUGGUGUGCAUCCUAGUAUCGUCUCCGAGAAAAUCAUUAUACACGCUAUACUUAUUUACGUUAGUCUGUUCAAGACACUAAGCCUGUUAAGGCAAUAA